AUGAAGUGAACUUGCUGGACAAAAUCACUUCCCAUGCACAGGACCUCAGCAAUGUCUCCUUUGUCCACGAUGAAGCCAACUGCAGCAUCCUGGAGAUCGGGCAGUAUGCUACCCUCAACAUCCCCAUGAGAGAGGCAUUUGGGGACAGGUUUGCAGAUGAGCUGAGCGUGCUGAUGAAGCUCAGGUACUCACUGAAAGAGGACACCAGCCUGGUGACCAUCCUCAGCCAUCGGAGCCACGUGCUCUUCCAGAUCAGGAUCAACCCGUACGCCUUGGUCUUUGUCACCACAAGGAGGAGGCACUAUGAAUUCCCAGUUUCAUUCCUUGGCGAUGGGCACUGGCACCAGGUUGCUCUAAGCAUCUCCUUGGAGAGGCUGGAGUUGCACGUGGACUGUCGGCUGGUGGACAGAGUGAGCUGGUCCAACUAUUUUGGGAUGGGAGUGAACACUGAGGGGCUUAUCAUCGUUGGAGGCCUGAUUGAGUCCUUCGAGAUCCCCUUUAAGGGUGCUCUGCAGCAACUGACCUUUGUGAUGGGAGACCCAGCAGCCGCCGCUGAGCACUGCCACAGCUACAACCCAACGUGCGUGUCCUCCUUCAACAUCAAUCGCUCUGGUUCCCCAUGGGAGCUUCCAGCAGCCUGGCCGAAGGAGGAUGCCCAGGAGACCCUCAACAUCCAGCCUGAUGGGAGUGCCCUGACUUCACCCACUGCCACCGAGAUGCCAUCAGCUGAGGAGGAGAUCAGCCUCUCUAUCGAGGAGGAAGGCUUUGAGCUGUUGAACUCCACCUAUAACAAAAUCACUGGCCCUGGCAGGCCAGGGCUCAGCAGGGCCAGCCCAGGGGUUGCUGGUAGCUCCGGCUCCACCAUAAAAAUACUGAGAGCAGCCAAGAAGGAGCGUGCCUCUGACCCCUGGGAGGAGAAUGUCACCACAGAGAAGCAGAUGGGUGAUGUGAGGACCCAGCAGGAGCUCCUGCCCAGCAAACCUGACGAUGCCAUCACUGACCUGGACGUGUCUGCCACCUUCAUCAAGGGCUGUCCUGGGAGACGUGGAUUGGUGGGACCCAAAGGAGACAAAGGGUACCCCGGCGCCGUGGGGCGCACAGGCCUCCCGGGUGACCCAGGCCCCAUGGGCAUCCCUGGUGUUCCCACUAUCGUGCUCUGGAGGAACUCCAGGGAGGACUGGCAGACCUUCACGCAAUCAUCAUUUUACCAGCUUCUGCAUGCAGGCUGGCCGGGACCCUGUGGAGAUCCGGGGGAGCCGGGUGAGAAAGGCCGUCAGGGGUACACGGGUGAAGCUGGGCUCCAGGGCUCGCAGGGACGCGUGGGUCACCCUGGCUUGGAUGGAAAACCUGGCUUGGAUGGGAAACCAGGGCCGUGGGGGCUGCCAGGAGAGCAGGGGCUUCAGGGCUUCCAAGGUGACCAGGGGCUGGCUGGCGAGAAGGGAGAAGAGGGUUACCUGGGUGACCCCGGACCAGUUGGGGAGAAAGGAGAGAAGGGAGUGAAGGGGGUGAAGGGAGAAAAUGGGCUGCCAGGUCCUGCCGGGCUUCAUGGGAUGUUAGGUCUGAAGGGUGUGAUGGGCUUCCAAGGCCCCGUGGGGCCAGAGGGAGAGCCUGGCCAGCCAGGACCCGUUGGAUGCCAAGGUGUCAAUGGCUCUCAGGGAGAUAUGGGUCCUCUUGGCUUGCCUGGCCCCCGGGGCCCCCAGGGACCACAGGGCUUGCAGGGGAGACGUGGCCCCCCCGGCCCCAGGGGCAUGCAGGGGUUUAUUGGCCUGCCAGGUUCCAAAGGUGCUCAAGGAGAGCGGGGCUCUCAAGGUCCAGCUGGAGCCAAGGGGGACCUGGGAGCCAAAGGACACAAGGGUCCAUGUGGAGCACAGGGAGCAAAAGGACCCCCAGGGAUUCAGGGCCAGGUUGGUCUGCAGGGCUUCCCAGGCCCCCAGGGAACAGCGGGGCCCCAGGGACCAGAGGGGGAAGAAGGACAGAUCGGCCCAGUGGGGCUGAACAGCAGUGAGGGACCCAAGGGAAGCCAAGGACCUGACGGCCCGAGGGGACACCCAGGACCACGAGGAGCCCGGGGCCGUGUGGGUCAGCGUGGGCUGGUCGGAGUCCCAGGGCUGCCUGGGCUGCCUGGGAAGCCUGGCUCGGAGGGGCCACAAGGACCUGUUGGCACCUAUGGCUACCCAGGACCUGAUGGUGACCGUGGGAGGCCAGGGCGCAGGGGGGACAAGGGCCGGGAAGGUCCAAAUGGACCUGAAGGGCCUUCAGGGAUGAGAGGAGAGAAGGGUGAUGUGGGACCUCCUGGGGAUGCUGGUGUCAGCGGGCUGGAUGGAGAGCAGGGACCACCAGGACCACCAGGAGCAGAGGGGCAGCUGGGGCCCAAAGGCAAGCAGGGAGAGGCAGGAACCGGUGGAGCUCCAGGCAUCAGAGGAGCCCCUGGGGAGCCAGGGGAAGAUGGGCCAGAGGGACCACCAGGGAGACAUGGAGAGCCAGGCAAGGAGGGUGAUGCUGGUGACGCUGGAGACCUGGGUGAGCCAGGACCACAGGGGCAGAAGGGUGAUGCUGGGCCCAGGGGCCUUCCUGGAGCACCAGGACCAGGAGCUGCUACAGGGGAAGUUGGAGGAAAAGGCCAUAAAGGAGAGAAGGGACAAGAAGGUUUGCUGGCAAGUGAAGCUGGAGCCUUGGGGCUGAGCGGCAUUGAGGGCCUGGCAGGUGCGAAAGGGGAGCCGGGAGAGCCGGGAAUACCAGGACCAGUGGGUGAUGUGGGGCGCGAAGGACAACAAGGGGUCCCUGGAGAAGCUGGCAGACGGGGCAAGCGAGGCAAGGCAGGCCACCAGCCUCCAAGAGGACCCCAGGGACACAAAGGCCACCCAGGCGACAAGGGGCUGGAAGGACCCCAGGGACCCCAAGGACCCUAUGGCAUUCUGGGGCUGAAGGGCAUUAAAGGAGACCCUGGACUGAAAGGACCCAAGGGCGAGAAGGGUGGCACGGGUGAGCUGGGCCAGCAAGGAGACGAUGGCUUCAAGGGCAAGCUGGGGCCCCAGGGCAUCCCUGGAAGGCCAGGACCCAAGGGACAGCAGGGUGACACUGGCCCCCCUGGCACACAGGGACACCCUGGCACCCCUGGGACACCGGGUCCUGCCGGCCCCCCUGGCCCCAGCGGACCUGUGCUGAUGCUGUCCAGGGACGAGCUUGGUCAGCUAAUUUAUCCCUCCAACCACCUGAACUAUACUGCGGUCUGGGCUCUGCUGGACACCCUGAGCCAGGAGCUCCAAGCUCUUGUGGAACAUCCCAACGGCACCAAAGCCAAUCCGGCAGCCACCUGCAAGGAGCUGCUGCUGGCUCACCCUCACCUGCCUGAUGGGCAAUACUACAUCGACCCCAACCAGGGCAGCCCCCAGGAUGCACUGAUGGCCUUCUGCAACUUCACAGCGGGGGGUGAGACCUGCAUAGCCCCUGUCCACAACCAGGUCCCCAUCAAGGCUUGGCUGAGCACUUACACCUCUGAGAACACCUUUGAGUGGUUCAGCACCCUGCCUGGGGGCUUCCUGCUGGACUACACAGGGGCCAGCGCGGUGCAGCUCCGGUUCCUGCGCCUGCACAGCCACCUGGCCACACAGAAGGUCUCCUACUCCUGCAGACCGGCCUCGGAGCAGGGCCAACCGCAGCUCCAGAAGGAAAUCCGCUUCCUGGCCGACUCCCGGGAGCAGAGCUAUGCAGCCAGCCUGCAGGGCUGCGUG